AUGGCCUUCACCGUCCUCUCAGACUCGCACAUCAAGCAGAUCCUGGGCUCCCUCUCGCCCGCCGACGUCUCCGACCUGGUCGCGUCGCUCGAGAACGCCCUGGUGCAGUACUCGUGCCAGGAUGAGAAGAAAUACCAGCCGCACCGCGCCGUAAUGGCCCGGCCGGACGGUCAAACCACGCUGUACAUGCCCGCGUCGACGCCGGAUCUCGUGGGCUGCAAGAUCGUCGGCAUCAGCCCGUCCAAGACGCCCGCCCCGGCCGCCGGCUCCGGCAUCCCUCCGCCCGCGCUGAAGAGCGUCUUGACCCUGUGCGAUGAGACAGGCCAGGCCAUUGGUGCGCUGAAUGCCGCUGAACUCACGUCCUUCCGUACGGCCCUGGGGUCGAUGCUCAUGUACAGGUUCCGCCGCAACACCGAGAAUAUUGUCGUCUUUGGUGCGGGCAAGCAGGCGCUGUGGCACAUUCGCCUCGCCGUUUUGCUCAAGGGCAAGGACAUUCGCAACAUCACCAUCGUCAACCGCUCCGCCGCGCGAACCCAGCAGCUCGUGGACACGCUCAGCGGCAGUGGCCAAUCUGACUGGCCUUCCCACAUCAACCUCAAGGUCUUUGACGAGCAAAAGGACCGCGAGGCCGCCCUGGAGGCGUUGAUUGUGGAUUCAGAUGUUAUUUUCUGCACAACACCAAGCACCCAUCCUCUAUUCCCCGCUUCGUUCCUCACGUCGGAAAAGGCCACAACCAAGACCCGAUUCUUGUCGGCCAUCGGCUCAUACCGAUUGGAUAUGCAAGAGAUUGACCCCGAACUGUUGAAAUUGGUCGUCGACCCCUCAAGCGUCUUCGCGAGCUCGGCUUACAAGGGCGGCAUCAUUUCCGUCGACACGCUGGAGGGUUGCCUGCAGGAGGCGGGCGAGCUGGUCAAAGCCGAACUGUCAAAUGACAAAUUCCUCGAGAUUGGGCGGAUACUCGACCCUCAGAGCACCGCCGAUCAGGCCGAGUUAAAGCAGUGGCUUGCGAACGGACUGGUGAUCUACAAGAGCGUGGGUGUUGCCGUCAUGGACCUCGCCAUUGGCAAGAGUCUGCUUCACCUUGCCAAGUCGAGGAACAUUGGUAUUACCUUGGACGAAUUUUAG